GGGGCUCGAGGAUUUUUACACGUGUAAGGAAAAAAAACAGUAUUUAAUUAAAACGCUCAAAUCAAGAGAACAGACAAAUAUUCACCUGCAAUUUUAUUUAUUUGCUCACAUAUUUAAUAAUCGAUCAAACUUUACUUUGAAGUUUCGAGCGCCUCGUUCUCGUACGGCCUUCUUCUUUCUCCAUCGUGGGUUUAAGUUUCCAACCACCGCUGCGCUACCACUGUGAAGACUCGUAAAUCGAACUCUGGAUUGCAGUCUGGUUUUAAAUGGUAUGUGAAUCGAUCUGGGCCAUUUCUCGAAUCUCGAUCGUAUGGAGCUUUAAUUGGUGGAAGGUAGCCCAUUCGCCACCGCCCCACAUGAUUCAAGGGCUGUGGUGUUUGGCAUUUUGAUCCAAUGGGGAAGGUUUCUAGUUUUGGGAAAGAAAUGUCUUGUUUUGGAAUUACCCACUUGAUUCCACUUCCUUGGAUGUGAAAUACCCGGAAGUGAAUUGGGUUGGAAAUUGAGGCAAAGAUGCAGACAAGAGUGGUGGGAAUUGAGGAAGGCAAGGCCUCUGCUACUGCUACCAGCACAAGAGCAAACAACCCAAUUAAGGCCUUUCCUUUCAGGUUUCUUCAGCUCUUCUUUCUGUUUUUGCUCUUUGUCCUCGGAAUAUCACUUGUUAGUUUGCACACUGUCAAGUACUUUGGCGGUCCAAAUGUGACACCUGUAGCGCAGUCCAUAAUUCGACCUUGUCCUGAAGAGCCAGCUAGUAUAGAAAGAUGGAUCAAACCUCCAUCAAGUCUUCUGCACGCCAUGGACGACACCGAGCUUCUCUGGCGGGCUUCUUUCGUUCCCCGUGUGAAGAAGUAUCCGUUCAAGAGAGUUCGCAAAGUUGCUUUCAUGUUCUUGACCAAGGGACCCCUGCCCAUGGCUCCUCUUUGGGAGAGGUUCUUUAAGGGACACGAGAGACUCUAUUCUAUAUAUGUUCACUCUAUGCCAUAUUAUGUUGCCGAUUUUCCACCUUCAUCGGUAUUUUUUGGACGACAGAUACCCAGUCAGAUGGCAGAGUGGGGAAGGAUAAGUAUGUGUGAUGCCGAGAGGAGACUGCUCGCCAAUGCAUUACUUGAUUUUGCGAAUGAAUGGUUCAUUCUUCUUUCUGAAUCUUGUAUUCCUCUUCACAACUUCAGCGUCAUAUAUCACUACAUAUCCCGAUCCCGAUACAGUUUCAUGGGUUCGUUUGAUGAACCAGGACCCAUUGGUAGGGGACGCUAUAACGAGAGUAUGGCACCAGAGAUUAACCUCACCAAUUGGCGGAAGGGACCUCAGUGGUUUGAAGUCAAUAGAGAACUUGCAGUGAAGAUAGUUGAAGAUACAGUUUACUACCCAAAAUUUAAAAAGUUCUGCAACCCACCCUGUUAUGUUGAUGAACAUUACUUCCAGACUAUGUUAAGCAUCAAAACGCCUCACCUCCUAGCAAACAGGAGUCUUACAGCUGUUGACUGGUCGAGGGGCGGUGCUCAUCCUGCAACAUUUGGAGAGGCGGAUAUCGAGGGGGAAUUCUUCAGGAGACUUUUUAAAGACGGGUCUUGCCUUUACAAUGACCAGCCAUCAACACUCUGUUACCUUUUUGCUAGGAAGUUCGCUCCAAAUGCGUUGCAUCGUUUGUUGAAUAUAUCGUCCGAAGUUAUGGGAUUUUGAUAAAAGCUUGGAAGAACUGCAAAUGAUAACGACUAAGUAGAUACAAUCUGCUUCAUUUUUUCACUAGGUUUUUACACGAAUUUUGAAACAUUAGGGUUACACAUGUAGAUGUAUAAAAAAAAAAUGUAUACGUUUCUCAAACUUGGAGCUCCAGGAUGAUGGGCAUUUUUUGUUAGUUCUCUAGUCAAACAAUUCAAUGUAAUGUCUCUCCAAUGACAUAUCUGUCUCGGUAUAAUAAAAUUGCAGCUCCUGGUACCAUUGAUGGAUGU